AUGAGGACGUAUAUUAAACUACUUCUUUACUGGACAGCGUCUGUGUCUGCAGUGAAGCACUCUCUGAAGUAUUUCUACACUGCAUCCUCUCAAGUCCCAAACUUCCCAGAGUUCGUGGUUGUUGGGAUGGUCGAUGAAGUUCAGAUGGUUCAGUUUGACAGCAACACCAUGAAAGCUGUGUCCAAACAGGACUGGAUGAAGAGAAAUAUAGAUGAGCAGUACUGGGAGAGAGAGACUGGGGGCUUUGUAAGUGCCCAGCAGGUGUUCAAAGCCAACAUUGAAAUUGCAAAGCAGCGCUUCAACCAGACUGGAGGUGUUCACAUUUUCCAGCAGAUGUACGGCUGUGAAUGGGAUUAUGUGACGAAUGAGGUGGGCGGAUAUGAGCAGUUUGGAUAUGAUGGAGAAGACUUCAUAAUAUUUGACCUGCAGACAGAGACGUGGGUCGCUCCUAAACAACAGGCUGUGGUGACCAAACAUAAGUGGGACAGUAACAAAGCUUUUUUAACCAGUGUGAAGAACUAUUACACUCAGAUUUGUCCUGAGUGGCUGAAGAAGUAUCUGAACUAUGGGAGGAGCUCUUUAAUGAGAACAGUUCCUCCAUCUCUCCGGCUCUUCCUUCAGAAGUCUUCCUCCUCUGCCAUCAGCUGCCACGCUACAGGUUUCUAUCCUAACAGAGCCGAGAUGAUCUGGAGGAAAGAUGGAGAGGAGACUCAUGAGGGUGUGGAGAUAGGAGAGAUCCUCACCAGCAAUGAUGGGACCUUCCAGAUGAGUGUUAACCUGGAUCUGACAUCUGUUAAAGCUGAAGACUGGAGGAGGUACGACUGUGUGUUUCAGUUCUCUGGUAUAAAUGAAAACGUCACCACCACACUGGAUAAAACAGCCAUCAGGACAAAUGAAGCCUCGACAGAAGUGCCCAACAUCACGAUCAGCUCCAGCCCCACUGCCGUCCCCAUCAGCGUACCCAUUGUCACUGCUGCUCUUGUUCUUGCUGUUGUUGCACUAAUCGGAUUCAUUAUUUACAAAAAGAAAACUGACACGAUCACGUCACCUGGAAAUGAUCCUGAAAUGAGCCCUUCAGAUGCAAAAUUUUCUUCUCAUGGUUCUUCAGACAUAACCAGCAAAACUCAGCUGAUGACAGAUUAAUUGACUGACAAAGAGAGCGUGAUCUGGAGCAAAGGAGACAGUUUUAACACGUGGACUAACUUCAUUUCAUGAGAGCUCACCUGAAACCUUGGCUGAUUGUGACCCACACCCAUUUUCACACCUUGGCUAAUGUGAUUAGGUAGAGGAUCAUUAGGGGGUCCAUUGUCCCUCUCAGAGGGUUACUCACACAGGGUUUAAAUCUGGGACUCUCCACCAUUUGACCCUAGAACUGAAGAAGCUUCUCGGAUGAGAGGUGAAACGUCUUCAAGCAACUUAAACAAGUCCAGACGCUUUUCUUUCCAAGCUCUUAGACUACAAUGACCUGGAUGACUGAGAACCUUCACAGACAU